AGAACUCAUUGUUAUAGUAGUGGUAGCUUUUUUAUUUUGCGAAUAUCUCGAAAACUAAAGCCGAACGGUAAUUAUCUGCUUGGUGGAAAUUCUAGAAAGUGUAAAACCGUUUAAAUUUUCAUUUUGUUUCUUAACAAAAAUUUUUAAACUAGCAAGAAGUAUUUUCCAUAUCAAGUCCGUAGCAAUAAAAUCAAAAAGCAGAACCGGUUUAGCAAUAACGAGCUCUUGUAUGAUGAAAAGUGCUCGCCUCUGGAUCGUGAAGCUUUCUCUGGGGGAAAAAUGGAAAAAAAGAAUAUUGGUUUCAAAGUGGAAAUAAUUAAUCAGUGAUAUUUGUCGGUAAGUAACUUUCUCAGCAAUGUCAACGGAUCUAACAGGAAUCUAUACAAAAAGUAAAACAAAAUAGAAAUUUCCUUGGGGCAUUACUGGGAAAGAGAGCAGAUAUAAGGAGAACCUGGCUCAUUAGAAUUCACAGUUUGCUAUUAAAUCUGUACAUUACCAUAUUGAGCCUAAGACGGUUUUUACGAAAUUUAUCGUGGGUUCUUGGAGCUGUAAAAUUUGUGCGUCUAACUAUAAGAGGGGUAGGUUUACUCGAGGACCUACAGUUUAUUUCACAACACGUAGAUCUUCGGACUUCGAUCAUGAAACUCUCGUUGCAAUUUGCCAUACUUUUAUCAGUAUUAUUGAUUACUGCAACAGAAGGAUUAUUUUUUGACUACCCAAAGAAAGUUUUGAGUGACUUUAUACAUUCACUAAAAGCAAAGAAAGAAGCAAAGAAAAAACCAUAUGAAAAUGAUAUACAACAUUAUCAUUAUCAUUAUUAUCCAAUAAUAUAUUCGCUAUCUGACCCGCCCACAAAAGCGCCUAAAAAGUACGAAUUAGAAAAGAUUCACAACGAACAUCUCGCAACACUUGGAUGGUCCAGUCACGAGUACAAAAACAUUCCCGAACCUAAAAUAAAAAUUCUUCCGUAUUCAUUCAACUCAUGGAAAGAUUCUUUACCAUGGGAAUACAAAACUUCAGAAUUAGAUUUUUCAGAAACGGUGAAUUACGACAUUGAUAACGAUAUACUUGUACAAGUUCCAUUCAGUCAAAAAAUCGUCAUUGAACAUUCCAACUUCGAUGAAAAAUUGAAAAGGAGCAUAUUAUAGAAUUGAUAUCACAAGAUCAUAGAUUUUGAAGAUUCUAUAUAUGUAUAUGUAUGUAUUGUAUAAAAAGGAAGGAUUAUACGGUAAAAAUACUGAAGAAUUUUACUAAAUGAAACCGAAUUUACACUGAAAAUAUUUAUAAUUUUGGAUCAGACGUAUAAUUUUAUUUUAUUGCGUUUAUUAUCUCGUAUCUGCUCGGAGAGCACUUUAUAGGAUAUUUCCAAUAAACGAUUAAUAAUCGAAGGAGGCGGCAAUUUUCUUUUUUCUAUACGAAUUUUUUGUUGUUCCACAUAAUCUAAAUGGAGAUUUGAUGCUAGUUUCUCCAUGUACUUAUAAUCUGUUAAGCGAAUGACGUAACUUCCCAUUAGUUUCUGCAGUCGUGAUUUUACUGGCGGAUAUGUUAUCCUAAAAAAUUAACAGCCAAGAAACUUUGAUAAAGCAGAAAUAAGAUUAUAUUAAAUAUGUAUACUUAAUUCUUUUAAUAUCGUUAUAAAAUAAAGUUUGAACAGUU